UUCCCCCCCCUCUUUUGCAUGAAGUCGGAUCCUUGAGCUGUUGCAGAGGCAGCCAACUGCUCCAUAUUUGGCUGCUCUUACACAUUUACAUACUGGAGAGCGGAGAGGGAGCGGGCGCUGCACCGCAGACAUCAUUUCUACUACAGCGCCGGAGACAUCCCGGACCCGUGUCACUGCAGGGGGAAGGAGCAAAACAAACAACACCCCCCCCCCCCACCCCCCCCCCAAAAAAUAUAUCAGCCCCAAGCCCCGUGAGCCGCUAGGAAGACAUUUGUGUGCGAGCCUCUGUCUGACCCCCCCGCCAACCCCACCUCCACUGACACUUUACACUUCUGGAUCAAGAGUCACAUCGCAGGCCAAGCCAGACGGGCAAGCAAUACAAGCUGUGAAUUUAUGGUUGACCCCUGUAGCACAGUGACCACCUUCACUUUUGUUUUCGCCAUACAGAGAUGCACUAUCAAUAAGUGAAAAGGUCAAGAAAAGCAGUAGCUCAGUGGCUGAAUUUUUCAGAAGUGCUUUACAGCAGGGAAAGUGGGGAAACCUCUUAAAGUGGUGUCUUAAUUCAAUUCUGGAGCCCGGGGAAGAGUUUUAAAGCAAAACAUCCGAUAAAAAGGCUGCAACAUCUCACGUGAGAGAGGGGAUAGAAGAAAAGAGACUUACAAUAGCAUCCUGAAACACUCAUAUGGUUUGAGACCUUCUGCUGAACCGAUCUCUUCACUCUGAAUGUGUCGUGUUACGCUCCCAAAGCAGCUGUAGGGGAGGGAACGACCCAGCGGCUGUCCAUUUGCACAUCUUGCACUGGGACACCUUAGCUUGCCGCCUGCGUCUGCCAGCUCUAUCUCACCUUAUUUGAAAGAGGAAAGCCAGUGAAGCCCUGUGAGCAAUCCAGCAACUUCUGAAAAAUCUUCAUGCUACAGGAUAAUCCAGAAUUCCCUGAAGAAGAACAUAGUGAAUGUUAGUCCAGAGGAGCUGUCGGAGGAUCGUGCUCACAGGGAGAUGAUUCCUCAUGAAGUCACUGGAUCCCUUGCAGAAAUCAAAUGUGACUUUCCGUUUAUCAGACUGAAAUCAGAGCCAGCCAGACAGUGAAGCAAGCACAGUGGAGGGGGGACGGCGAAAGAUGAAAUCCAACCAAGAGCGGAGCAAUGAAUGCCUGCCGCCCAAGAAGCGAGAGAUCCCCGCCACCAGCCUGCCUUCGGAGGUGAAGCCGGUCCUGCCGAACGACAACCACCGCGCGGACAACCUAGCAUGGCUCCCCAGCACGCCCGGCGGCCAGAGCGGCCUGGGGGCCAGGCACAGGCCCGGGGGGACGUCGGCGGAGGUGGGCUUGCAGCAGGGUUUGCACAAGCCGCCGGCGGCGGGGCUGGACUAUUCCCCGCCCAGCGCGCCCAGGUCCGUGCCGGCCCCCACCACGCUUCCCACCGUGUACUCGCCCGCGCUCUCCCAGUCCGGGACCCCCGUCUCCCCCGUGCAGUACACGCACCUGCAGCACACGUUCCAGUUCGUCGGGCCCCAGUACAGCGGACCAUACGCCGGGUUCAUCCCCUCGCAGCUGAUCUCCCCGACCGCCAAUUCGGCAACCGGCGCCGUGGCGGCGGCCACGGCUGUCGCAACCACUCCAUCCCAGCGCUCCCAGCUGGAGGCUUAUUCCACUUUGCUGGCCAGCAUGAGCGGCUUAAGCCAGCAGGGGCACAAAGUCGAGCCGCACCUGGUUAGGACGCCCGGGCUGAUCGCUGCGGGGUCUCCUCCGCCCGCCCAGCAGAACCAGUACGUCCACAUCUCCAGCUCUCCCCAGAGCGCGGUCAGAAACGUCUCUCCUCCAACCAUCCCGGUCCCCCUGCACCCCCACCAGACAGUGAUCCCCCACACGCUCACCCUCGGCCCUUCCUCCCAAGUGGUGGUGCAGUACAGCGACACCUCGCACUUCGUCACGAGGGACGCCCCCAAGAAGCCCGAGAGCGGCCGGCUGCAGGCGAUGCAGGCCAAGGAGGUACUGAACGGCGAGAUAGAGAAGAGCCGGAGGUACGGCAUUUCGCCCUCUGCCGACAUGGGUCUAGUCAAAGCAGGCAAUAAACCAGCUCCUCACCAUUACGAGACCAGGCACGUGGUGGUGCACUCAGGCCCCGCCGAGUACGGCGCCCGGGAUUCCUCAGGGGUCCGAGCCUCCGUCAUGGUGGUCCCCAACAGCAGCACGCCGACGGCGGACAUGGAGGUGCAGCAGGCCACCAACCGAGAGACCUCUCCCUCAGCCCUCAACGACAAGGGAAGCUUGCACCUAGGAAAGCCGGCCCACCGCUCCUACGCUUUGUCCCCGCAGCAGGCCCUGGGCCACGAGGGGGUGAAGGCGGUGGCCACGCUGUCCCCCCACACCGUCAUCCAGACGACCCACAGCGCCUCCGAGCAGCUCCCCGUCGGGCUGCCGGCGACGGCCUUCUACGCCGGGACCCAGCCGCCGGUGAUCGGCUACCUGAGCGGCCAGCAGCAAGCGCUGGGGUACCCCGGGGGGCUGCCCCAGCACCUGGUGAUCCCCGGCACGCAGCCCCUGCUCAUACCGGUCGGCAGCGCCGAUGUCGAGCCGUCAGGCGUCGCGCCGGCGAUAGUCACCUCGUCUCCCCAGUUCGCAGCAGUGCCUCACACAUUUGUCACCACCGCCGUCCCCAAGAGCGAGGCUUUCAGCGCCGAGCCCCACACCACCCAGCCCGCCUACCAGGCCACCAUGGUGCAGGCGCAGAUCCACCUCCCCGUGGUGCAGUCCAUCGCCUCCCCCGCUGCGGCUCCCCCCACGCUGCCCCCCUACUUCAUGAAGGGGUCAAUCAUUCAGCUGGCCAACGGGGAGCUGAAGAAAGUAGAGGACUUGAAAACAGAAGACUUCAUUCAGAGCGCGGAAAUUAGCAAUGACCUGAAAAUAGACUCCAGCACUGUGGAGAGGAUCGAAGACAGCCAUAACCCAGGCAUUGCUGUGAUACAGUUUGCGGUUGGAGAGCAUCGCGCACAGGUCAGCGUGGAGGUCUUGGUAGAAUACCCUUUUUUUGUAUUUGGACAAGGCUGGUCAUCCUGCUGCCCCGAGAGAACCAGCCAGCUCUUUGAUUUGCCAUGCUCCAAACUCUCUGUGGGGGAUGUCUGCAUAUCGCUUACGCUCAAGAACCUGAAGAACGGCUCUAUUAAAAAGGGCCAGCCCAUGGACUCAGCUAGUAUCUUGCUGAAGCAUUCAAAGAAUGACAGUCUAGCUGGAAGUAGACACAGGUAUGCGGAGCAGGAAAAUGGGAUUAAUCAGGGAAGUGCACAGAUGUUAGCUGAGAAUGGUGAACUGAAGUUUCCGGACAAAAUAGGAUUGCCUGCAGCACCUUUGCUCACCAAAACAGAACCCAGCAAGCCCCCGGCAACGAGGAAGAGGAGGUGGUCAGCCCCCGAAACACGAAAACUAGAGAAAUCAGAAGAGGAGCCACCUUUGACUCUUCCCAAGCCUUCUUUUAUUCCUCAGGAGGUUAAGAUUUGCAUUGAAGGUCGAUCCAAUGUAGGAAAGUAAAAGUUGUUUGGGGAAAGGAAAUUAGGCUAUCCCUUGUCAUUUUUAUCCAGAUUACUGUACUGUAGACUAAAUAACCCAGUAUUUACAUGUUAUCAUCUUAUUUUAGGUUUAUGUUAUAACCUUGUUGUUAUAGUUGCAGCUGGUAUUAUGCAGGAGACUGGUGCAUAUGUUUUUCCACAAGUGUUUGUCAGUGACUAGGUUUAUUGAGAGCUACAGAAGGGGCAGUAUCUGCUUCACACACCCUUAGUGGAAAUGAAUGUGUUGUCGUGGCUCCUGUUUUCUAACACCUCGUGUAGGACAGGGUCCAGCUGUGAUUUUUUUCUUUUUGUCGUUAUUUUUUUUGUGUUUUUUUUUUUUUUUCCUUGUUUUGGUUCCCGUUCUAGUUUUUCUGGGGGGAGGUGAGGAGAAGGGAACUGUAGCAGAGGUGUGUGUCACGCGUGGUGUGUGUGUGCGUGCGCCCGUCCCGAGGAUGGACCGCAAAGAGGUUUUCUGGCCCCAGGUGAACGCUGAGGACACAACCCGCAGAUGUUACCGAAAAGGAUCAGACCGUCUCUGACGUUGUCAACAAUAAGCCAACUCCCGCUCAAGGCUCUACAGUAUAUAUAUAUGCGUGUGUGUGUAUAUAUAUAUAUGUGUGUGUGUGUGUGUAUGUAUAUAUAUAUUUCCCCCCAUGGGGUCAGACUGCACUGAUUUUUACUCACGAAGCAACUGCCACACCACCAUUUCCCUUCUGCUUGCUCGUGCAGUCCGGUGCCGGGAGGCCACACACACACACGGGGCGGCUGUCCUCUGCGCCUUUCACCCCGCGGGCUCCUCCGGCGGCGUGGUGGGCGCGCGUGGGCGUGCGUGGGUGUGCGCAGGGAGCCCUCCAGCUUGCUGGACAUGCCCUGUUUCCGUGCAGUGUUAGACAAAUCCAUCGGGUUAACGCCAUGGACGUUUGCUUCCACGAGGGAGACGCAUACUGCCCCUUUGAGAUCACAGGCAUCCAUUGUUUGCGGUUAGGUUGCAGAUCUUGGUCUUUAACUCUAGUACUGUUUUUGGUUCAUGAUUAUGGACAACCCGUGCCACUUUUUUCAAAUUUCAGUGUGACACAGGAACCCGAUGUUGAAGAUGAACGUAGAAUGUCUUUAAGCACUUAAAAUGCUGUUCACACUUUAUUGCUGAGCAUCCUGGUCUAACACUCAGUACGUACUGUAUCUCACUUUAAUCUGCUCGCAAAACAGCAGCAGCAAACAAAUUAAUCUCUUCAACACUGUAACUACAUGCAACUAUGUAAAGUUUUCUCACAAGCAAGAUGCUGAAAGUUUCAAUGUGGUUUCAAAGGGAUGAAUGUGAAUUACUGAACUAGUAUGUGACAGUCAUUGUCCACAAAGGACUACUUAAUAGGAGGCACUUUUUAAACUUUAAUGCUUGAGGAAGAGUUAAAGGCAUAUGCGAGCUGACAGAUAAUAAAAGAAAAAGAGAAAGGAAAAAGGAAAGAGAAAAAAAAAAUCAUUGUCCAGUGUUUUUGAAAAAAGAUGGACUUUAAAGAAUCUUGCAAUUUGCACAUCUUGAGUUUAUCAUUUGUGUGGUAUUCCUGCAGUUUUUACCUAAUAAUGUUGUGGGUUGGGGGGGUCUGAAAGAGCAUAAACAAAUGUAGCAAUUACUCACUAACCUGCCUACGCUCUAGGCCAUUUCAUAGGGUUAUUGUUCCUUUCAAAGUUCAUUUUCGGUCUUUCUGCCGUAUCUGCCACACAGAACCUAACACAGGUCCUACCGGGACAGCUCUGAGAAUUUGUCUUCAGACUUGCUGAGAGAGUUUUCCACAAGAAACAUUUCUAUACAUAAGCAAGGUGUUUGUUUGUUUUUAAAACAAACCUAUUGUUAUUUUAUUAUUAUUAUUAUUUGUUAUUUUAAUUGCAUUGUUUUCCAUUCGAAAGACUAGAUUUAAGAGUUUGGUACAAAACAAGUUCGGGGGGGGGAGGGGGGGAAAUUCACGCCGUUCAGUCUUUUGUUUCCCCAGGUAGGGCCGGAUCCUUUGAGGUGCUGUGCACCCAGCCUCCCGAAAAGUCGCGGGGAGGUGCGAGUACUAAGUGCUUCAGGUCUGAGUUACAAAGCCUCUUGCUGCCAACAGGGAUCUCAUUGAUGUCAGUGGGAUUUAGCUCGGGCCCUACGCGCUCAAGCAUUCACAUCGUUCCUUUUGGUUGGUGAGUUCGCGUCCUUCAGGUAGUUUUGAAGAAGCUGUACUGAUAGGGAGAAAAGGAAAUAAAAGUUCUGGAUUAGAAAUGCAGUACCUAAAGUGAACAAAGUUAUGUAAAAUCAUUUUCCCUCUCCCCUAAAAAACAGUGCUUUUAUUUAAGAAAAGAAAUGUUAACCCCAAACCCCAGCUUUGACUCUGUUAUUUGUUACUUGAAAUUUAGCUCACACCAGAACUAAUUGUUUUUAUACCAUAUUCUGGGGUGCACCAAAAAGUUUAAAUACGUUUAAAAUAGCUUGAAACUUUUCUUGAAUUUCCUUGAAUUUUAUUAACCUCUCAGCGGGCUACCAAAUGGCUGAGCGGGUUUCUUCUCACAGUCACACUGCUUAGUUAGUGCUUAUUUGUUAAUAUUUCUGCUCAGAGAAGUUGCUUAAUCUUCCAUAUACUCUGCUCAGGGCACUUGCAAUUUGUUGUUUUGUUUUGUUUCCUGUUUUGUUUUUCAGCUUUGAUGGUAAAGGAAUAGAAAGAAUUACAGAUUUUAGUUCGCGUUCGUACCACUAUUUCCGUAAUUCACACGUGCUCGGAAAAAAAUCUCAAAGAGAACCAUACGCAGUCACAUUCGCGGUCAAUAAGGAAGCAGGGGCUAUUAAACUGACUGGAUCUAUUCAACUAACACUAAAAAAAAUAAAAAAUAAUAAUAAUAA